UCUUAUUGCCACUGAUUUGAGCUUCUUCUCCUUAGGCUGCACGAAGGAGCCGCUUGGCACUUCUGCCAGCGUUCCCACCGCCGCUGCCAGUCCGCUUGGAUCAGCGCAGGCAGAGGCGGCGUCCCAUCGCCCAGGGGCUUUGGGACCGCAAGCCCCCAGCCGCGUCUGCAGGGCGCACGAGGCGUCAACGCUAUAGGCAGGCGCCCUGCUGAGCCUUUCCCUGGGAGAGUUGUGCAACUGGCUUAGGAGAAGAAAGCGGCGAGGAUUUCCGCGCGCUUCGUCCAUCUGUGCCGCGGGUGUGACUUCCUUGUUAGUUUUUCCGCUGUUUGCUCCCCCCCCCUAAUGUUAACCUCUAUUUGAACAUGGCAAGGACAGUAUCUCCUGGAAAUGGAUUCAGUCUGGGAAAAAGCACAGGAAACCAGAGCUAAAUGACAGGAUGCGGGAGACUUAAGGAGAUAGUCGAGAGAGAAAAAAGGAGAGAGACAGAGAGACAGAGAGGAGAGAGAGGGAGAGAGAGAGAGAGAGAGAGAGCGCCUACUGCAAUCGACGAGACUUCUGGUGCUACUACUACAAUUGUUGUCGGCUGAAUCAGUUUUCUGUUUCUUUUUAACUGCCCGUGCUGAAGGAGGAUUUAAGAUCUGAGAGGAAUUGCCUGGAGAGAUUGGAUAAUCUUGUUCCCUUUCUUCAAACCUCCCGUAUCCAGAGCAGAAGAUGGCCUGGGGUCUACUUUUCCACUGUGCAGCCCUGAUAGUCGCCCUUGGCAGGGCUUUGAAGAGUGGCCGAUGUGGUGAAAACAUAAAAAUUUUAGAGCCUGGAUAUCUCACCUCUCCUGGCUAUCCCAAUAGUUAUCAUCCAAGUCAAAAAUGUGAAUGGUUGAUUCAAGCUCCACAACCUCACCAGAGGAUUAUGAUCAACUUCAACCCACACUUUGAUUUAGAGGAUAGAGAAUGCAAGUACGAUUAUGUUGAAGUGAUUGAUGGAGACAGUGCAAAUGGGCGAGUGUGGGGAAAGUUUUGUGGCAAAAUUGCCCCCCCACCUGUGAUAUCUACAGGACCAUACCUCUUAAUCAAGUUUGUCUCUGAUUAUGAAACUCAUGGAGCAGGCUUCUCCAUUCGCUAUGAAAUUUUUAAAAAAGGACCAGAAUGCUCCAGAAACUUCACAUCUAUGACUGGUAUGAUCAAAUCACCAGGAUUCCCUGAAAAAUAUCCCAAUAGCCUUGAAUGUACUUACAUUAUCUUUGCACCAAAGAUGUCAGAGAUUAUCCUGGAAUUUGAAAGCUUUGAACUGGAGCCAGAUACAAACCCUCCAGGAGGUGCAUUCUGCCGUUAUGAUCGUUUGGAAGUCUGGGAAGGUUUCCCGGAAGUUGGCCCUCACAUUGGGCGGUAUUGUGGACAAAAUACUCCCGGUCGUGUCCUCUCAUCAACCGGCAUUCUGUCUAUGGUUUUCUAUACCGACAGUGCAAUAGCAAAAGAAGGUUUCUCUGCAAACUAUACUGUGGUCCACAACAAUGUUCCAGAAGACUUCCAGUGCAGGGAACCACUUGGCAUGGAAUCUGGUGAAAUUCAUUCUGACCAGAUUACUGCCUCUUCCCAAUAUAACCCCCAGUGGUCAUCUGAAAGGUCCCGUUUAAAUUAUCCUGAAAAUGGAUGGACGCCUGAAGUUGAUUCUACUAGAGAAUGGAUACAGGUAGACGUAGGCGUUCUCCGCUUUGUAUCUGCCAUUGGGACUCAAGGAGCCAUCUCCAAAGAAACUAAAAAAAUGUAUUUCCUGAAAACAUACCGAGUGGAUAUAAGUUCCAAUGGAGAAGAUUGGAUAUCCAUUAAAGAUGGAAACAAUAAACCUUUGCUAUUCAUGGGGAACAUCAACCCAACCGAGAUUGCUUAUAGAUCUUUUCCCAAGCCAGUUCUGACACGUUUUGUUAGAAUCAAGCCUGUAACCUGGGAAACUGGAAUAUCACUGAGAUUUGAAAUCUAUGGCUGUAAAAUUACUGAUUAUCCUUGUUCUGGCAUGCUGGGUAUGGUGUCUGGGCUCAUCACUGACUCUCAGAUUACAGCAUCAAAUGAAUUGGAUCGGAAUUGGCUUCCAGAAAAUGUCCGUCUUAUAACAAGUCGUAUAGGAUGGGCACUGCCACCCCCAGUUGGUCAUACAUAUACAAAAGAAUGGCUUCAAAUAGACCUUGGUGAAGAAAAGACAGUCCAGGGCAUAAUUGUCCAAGGAGGUAAACACAGAGAAAACAAGGUCUUCAUGAGAAAAUUUAAAAUUGAAUAUAGCUACAAUGGAUCAGACUGGAAAUGGAUUAUGGAUGCCAGCAAAAAGAAAGCCAAGAUUUUUGAAGGCAACACCAACUAUGAUACUCCUGAACUUCGCAUCUUUGACCCAUUGACAACCAGAUUUAUCCGUGUUUAUCCAGAAAGAGCCACACAUGCUGGAUUGGGACUAAGGUUGGAACUGCUCGGUUGUGAAGUUGAAGUUCCUACUUCAGUCCCAACCUCUGCUGAUACCAGUCCUAUGGAUGAGUGUGAUGAUGACCAAGCCAACUGCUACAGUGGAACAGGUGAUGACUUCCAUUUGACAGGGAGUACCACAGCUGCGAUCACGGAAAAACCAGUACCAACUGAUACUACAGUUCAGCCAGCCAUCCAUUAUUCCAUUACUGAAGAACUUCCAGCAUAUGGUUUCAACUGUGGAUUUGGCUACAGUUCUCAAAAGACAAUCUGUCGCUGGGAACAUGAUGCCCAGCUGGACUUGAGAUGGGCAGUACUCACCAGCAAAACAGGGCCCAUUCAGGACCACACAGGAGAUGGCAAUUUUAUUUAUUCCCAAGCUGAUGAAAACCAGAAAGGCAAAAUUGUUCGCCUCAUCAGCCCUAUCAUCAACCUGCAAAAUUAUGCCCUUUGCAUGACUUUCUGGUAUCAUAUGUUGGGCCCUCACGUCGGCACACUAAGAAUCAAACUGCGGUACCAGAUCCCUAAAGAAUACGAUCGGGUCUUAUGGACACUAAGUGGAAAUCAGGGAAACUGCUGGAAGGAAGGCCGGGUUUUUCUCCACAAAUCUGUGAAACAUUAUCAGGUAAUGGUGGAAGGAGAAAUUGGAAAGGGAAAUGUAAAGGGAAAUGGAGGAAUUGCAGUUGAUGAUAUCAACUUUGACAGCCACAUAACACAGGAAGAAUGCCGAAAAUCAAAUGGUGCAGGGAAUGAAAUAGUUGAAGUAGAGCCAGAUAUUAAUCAAACAGGAUGUACUCCUGUUUACCGUGAAAAUGGGGAACCUUAUAAUGACAACAUCUCCCGAAAGCCAGGCAAUGUUCUGAAAACACUUGACCCUAUUCUUAUCACCAUCAUCGCUAUGAGUGCCCUGGGUGUGCUGCUGGGCGCCAUCUGUGGGGUCAUUCUGUACUGCGCCUGUUGGCACAAUGGGAUGUCCGAUAGAAACUUAUCUGCACUGGAGAACUACAAUUUCGAACUUGUGGAUGGUGUCAAAUUAAAAAAGGAUAAACUGAACACACAGAAUACGUAUUCAGAAGCAUGAGGCUGAAAACUGCGUUGAAGACGCUGAGCCAAGCUUUUCUCAGGAGCUUCAGUGGGUGUACCAGAUAUUCUAAGACAUGGACAACAAUCUGUGUUAAACAAUCUGAAUCAUGUACAGUCUACUUCUGUUUCUGUUUUAAUUUGAACUAUUCAAAUGCUGGUGUUGAGACCAAGUAUGAUUGACCUAAGAGGGGUAUUCAGUUUUGGUUCUGCCUUUUUCCUUUCUUUCUUCUUACCUUAGCCCCUCCAUUCCUUGUUUUAUUUCCUUCUGUCUCCCCUCCCCACCCUGGGCCCAUAAGUACUUGUUUUUUUACUGUGCAAAAAUCCAAGAUGCUGUCAAAACAUGUAAUUUGGCAGGAGUCCAUUGGAUGGACAUCCUGUUUGUAGCUGAGUGCCCAGAAGGAAGAACAUCAGAGUAACAGCAAUUUAAUGGAUUCCUGAUACUGUAUUUGUGUAUAAUUGCUUGUGUCGUGCAUAGGCAAAGGAGGGUUAGGGUGUUUGUUUUUUUGGUGGGGGGGGGAGUACUGUAUGGUCAGUACUGGUAUAGUGUGUCAACUCUGUUAACCAAGCAAUACGGUCAGAAUUUAUUGGUGUUUCUCAGUGUUGUACUCCACCUUUGUGCUUGUGAAUUCCAUACAAGAGAUAUGUGCCAUCACCUACGAACAAUUGGCAAACCAGGUGUCCUGCAUUGAAUUAUUGAAUUGUAAAAUUCAAAAGCAAAAGUCCUUGGCACUGGCUCGUUUAUGUCUUCUCAAGUGCCUUUUUGUUGUACUGCUCCUCAUUGCUUUAUCAUCAAUUCCUUUUUUGUCUCUCCAUCAGUCUCUCUCUCCCUUUCUCCCCCCUCUCUCUCCCUUCUUCCCUCCCUCCCCCUCUCUCUCCCUCCCUCUCUCUAUGAAAUUUUUCAAUUUUAUGUUGCUGAACACCCUUUUUCUUAAAAUUUGCCAUUUUGCUCCUGUCCUAUCUUUUAUUGUUCUUUCAUACAGAAUGUAUUUUCAAAUAUAAGGUCUCUUCGUCUUUUGCUUUUCCCCCUCUUUUGUCUCUAAAUAGAUUGUUACAUAAGCAUUUGCCAUUGUCAAGGUAAGGAAAAUGCAGCUCUAAUUUGUUGGUAAUGGCAAAAAAAAAAGGAUUUUGUUACAAUUUUGUCUUUCCUUUUAUUGCUGUAUUUUAAAAUAAGGGAUAUGUUUUAAUGUUACCUUCCAGAGUUGAUCUUUGGAUUUCUUUUUAGCAGCAUUAACUGACAUUAUCUUUUUUUUCUCUCUCCUUUAGUAAGCCAUGAAGUAAGUCUUUUAAUUCUGUCCAAGAUGUUCAUAUAAAUCGAUGGCAAUGACAAUUUGUUGUUGAUGUUGAAGAGCAAAGAAUGUUUUUCCCAUCCAUAUCCUAGCUAUCCAAUUUAAGGGUAAUUGUUUCUGUGCAGGACUCUUUCAUGCUAAUGUAGAGGCAUACUAAUAUUGCUACAAGUAGUAAUGCAUUGACUUUGCUAAUAAUGGAUUUGCUUUAAAAAAAAUCAUUGUAUAACAUAUCCUAAACUGGAUUUAAAAUGAGUACUGUUAACAUUCUAAUGAGAAGUAAUUGGGGGCCCUUGUGCUCUUUCUAUUCGCUUAGCAACAGUAGUCAUGUUUUAAGAAUUAAGUCAAUCUCCAAAAGACACAGUUAACUCUUAAAGAUCUUAAAUCAUAACAAGCAUUCAGGGCACCAUAAACUGAUUCUGUCACAUUGUUUUACGUGGUAUUCAAAUGCACCUUUGAUUAAAAACAGCUGGUGUUCACCACACCAGAGCAAACGCUUAACAACUCUGCUCUCAUUGUAAAUAUGAGUUAUCAUCCAAAGAAGGUUUAUUGAAGUAAAAUAUCUACCAUGAUAAAAAAAAUCAGUGACAAAAGAGUAUAUGAAUCAAUUGUUUAGUUAUCCAAUUUACACUGUAAUUGAAUGCUCUACUAGUUAAUUAUCCCAAAGAGAAGAUCAGAUGCAAAUAAUUUUUACUGCACUUCUUUCAUGUAUAUUUAGUUGCAUCAUGUAUUAUGGAUUCUAUGUCAAUAAUCACAUAGGCAUCUUAAGAUCUGUGACAAAAGUGCAUUCAAACAUUUAAGAGGGGCAGAUUUAAUUGCAAAAGCAUGUACUUUCUUGAACUCAAAAAGUAACAGAUACAAUAUUAAUCUUGGUAUGAAAAAAAGGGAUUUUUAACAGUUUGUGCACAUAUGAACUGCCUAUAAAUCAGACUUCAGGUAAUCUUCAACUUACAACCACAAUUGAGCCAAAAUUUUCUGUUGUUACAUGAGACAUUUGUUA